AUGGUUCUUCUACAGCUGCCAAAAGACUUUCGUAAGUCCUUCUUCCCCAGCAAGGGCUUCAAGAAGCUGUUGGAUCUGCCUGUUCAGAGGUGGAAAGCUCCCUUAUUGCUCAACUACAUCCCAACCUAUAAAUCCGUUUUUCCCAACGUCCCGAGGAAGAAAAGCAAAUCUCCUCCUUCCGCCACAACUCCACCAACAACUUUAUCAUCUCGGCUAGACCAGGGAUCAACCUCUGAUCUGGUAGAGCAGCCAUCAACCUCAGCUUCACAACUUAUCCCUCAUUCCCAAUGUAAACGCCGACGUCGAACUACAAUCGCCGCUAAGAUGGGUUGCAAGAAAGUAGUUGCAGACGAUCUUUUGGCCGACAUCCCAGAUGUUGAUACCGCACAACCUUCUCUACCCCAGUCUCAACCAAAGCCAAAGCCCAAAAGACUGAAGAAGGCCCAGCCUAAGGCAAUGAUGACUCAAAUUGACACUGAGGAUACCUUGCCAAUUUCAAAAUUGGCCAAGAGCGAGAAGACCCCGCCCGCUGCCGGGAAGCGGUCCGCCAAGGCUGAAGCAUCCCAAUCAACUCAGUCGAAGAGGCCGAGAGAUCUCAACCGAAACACCGAGGUGAGCAAGUACAAAAACUUUGCUUUAACGUUGCAGCAUUCCAUGCAAGCGAUCCAGUACACCCACUCCUUCGCGUGUCAGGCUUUUGACAUGAAGAAGGAGUUGGUUAGCAAGACAAAGGAGGCUGCCAGUUUGCAGAAGACCAUCAACAAGGCCAAAGCCGAGAUGAAGAAUUUCAUAGAACAGGCCAAGGUAACUAAAAAAGCUCAAGACGAGGCCGAGGAGAGGCCUGGUGUUGCCGAGGCAAUUGCCAAAGUCCUCGAGGUCGAGGCAAAGACUGCCGAAGCCCAGGCCGAGCUUAUUGUUGCCUUGGCCAUAAAAGAGGCCGAGAUCAAAGCAGCGGAUGAGAAGGCAUACGCCGAGGGAAUGGCCGAUGUCAAGGAGGACUACAAAAAGCAAGUGAAUAAGGACAAGGCUGUGUCCAAGGAGGAAGCUGAGGUCGAGAAUAAAGAAGAGGCUGCUGGGGCCAAGUCCCUAACUCAUCCUGAGCAAGUCGACUUGACUCAGGAUGAGGAGGAUGAGGUCUCCAAAGAUGCCAGCCCAGAGAAGACAACAUCCAACAUGCCUAUCGUCGAUAAGAGCAUCGACCAGACUCUUCAAGAGAUCGAUGUCGAGCUUGUGGCUGAGAAGGCUACCGAGGAGAAUUCGCAAAAGUCUUCCGAGCCCCAAACUAAUGUUGAUGCCGAACAAUCUAGUCCUUGA